UUUUUGUAUUUCUUUUCCUCAAUGCAGUUGCUAACGUCUUUCUCUGCUUGAUUUCAAUUUCUCACCGCUCGUACGGCUAGACGGAUCGCCAUCGCAACAAGAUACGUACGCUUACAGUCCAUUCUCCAGCCAGCAACGGAGUAGCUGCUCAUAGCAGGUCUCCAGUGCCUACACAGUACACCAUAGGACCCAAACCGGAAAAAUGGAUCAUCAGACGGACCAUGACACAGAGCGAGAUGUCCACAUCGCAGCACUGCCCGCCUUUCUGGAGAAUCUCGUGCGCGAGGGACAUUUCACGCACCAGCAGCACCACCGGAGCAGUGUUGCUGACCUAGACCGCUAUUUCGUUGGUCCACGAGAUCUGGAUAAGCAUACGAAAUGGCCCGCGUUUCUGCGGUUGCAUGGGAGCGUUUUCCCCAAGCUGAUCCUACCCUUGAUAUUUAUGGCAUGCUGGUCGACGUUGAUUACUUGUAUAUCUGCUUUCGUAUAUAACCUCGGAAUCGAUAAUAUCCUCCUGACAGUUCUCGGUUUCGUCGUCGGUCUUUCCUUGUCUCUCCGAAGUUCUACGGCAUAUGAGAGAUAUACUGAAGGACGAAAAUACUGGGCAUUGCUACUGCAAACCUCUCGUACACUUGCUCGUUUGAUAUGGGUCUCCAUAGCUGAACGGGAGGGAGAGCAUGGAAAAGACGAUUUGCUGGCAAAAGUGAGCUCGUUCAACCUGAUACUCGCGUUCGCCAUCGCCUUGAAACAUAAGUUAAGAUUUGAGCCUCAUGUGGCUUAUGAAGACCUCGUCCCUAUCGCGGGACAUUUGGACACAUUCGCCAAAAGCGCCCACGACUCAGAGUUGCUCAAACAUCCCAAAAAGUCGACCUGGAAAGCUGCAGGGGAAUACCUUGGAGUGUCCUUUGCUGAGUCGAACCCGAGGAAAUUGAUCAAGCGUUCCAAAAAGCCGCUUGGUAACCUGCCACUGGAAAUCCUCAACCACCUUGCCGCAUAUAUCCAGAUGAGCGUAGAGAACGGUACAUUGACUAGUCCUACUGUCCAGACGCAAGUCUACACUGCCCUUUCGCAGUUCACCGAAGUCUUGACGGGUACAGAGAGAGUUUUGAGCACCCCGCUUCCAGCUGCUUACACCAUUGCGAUCUCUCAAAUCUCCUGGAUCUAUGUCAUGGUCCUUCCAUUUCAGCUAUAUAACUCACUAAAAUGGAUUACCAUCCCGGGAACUAUCGUUGCCGCAUACAUCAUCCUUGGUCUUGCUGCUAUCGGCAAAGAAAUCGAAAAUCCGUUCGGUCACGAUGUCAAUGAUCUGCCUCUCGACAAUUACUGUACGCAGCUCGGUUCAGAAUUAGAUGUCAUUGCCGCCUCGCCCCCACCUAAAGGAGAGGAAUUCCUCUCCAGAAGCGAGAAUCUUGUCCUCUAUCCUCUGAGUUUCAGCGGGUACGCUGACUGGAGGGAGCGCAGCGUCGAGGAUAUCCGAGCUGCGUUGAGAAGCAAAGUGAUCGCCAACUCAGCCCGUACGCCCGGUCUAUCCAAAGCGUCAUCGAUGGUGGAUUUAUCAUUCCAUCACAGGGCCUCAAAGCAGGGCGCCUAAAUUUGAUAUUUCUUUUUGCUAGCGAUGCGGCCAGUCUGUCACAAGAUAUCUUGCUCUUCUUGCUUGCUUUCAAACGGAUCAAAAUUGCAUUAACGGAGUGGAUGUGUCUGAUUUCCGAGGUUAUUU